AGAGCGGUUUAGUCGGAGCAGGGCCCACCCUGGCGAGAAGGAUGAGGGGAUUCGGCCUGGACUGUGUGACGGCUCGUGUGGGCCGCCAUGUUGAAGCCGGGCAAGGGCGGAGACCUUUUGGGGUUGUGUUGCGGUGAGCGGGGGCGAUAGCUGGGUCGGUAGAACGGCCUCUUCCAUCCUGCGCCCACCCAGAAGAACAUGAAUGACUGGGUGCCCAUCGCCAAGGAGUAUGACCCGCUUAAAGCUGGCAGCAUCGAUGGCACUGACGAAGACCCACACGACCGCGCGGUCUGGAGGGCCAUGCUGGCACGCUACGCCCCCAACAAAGGCGUCACCGGAGACCCCCUCCUCACCCUGUUUGUGGCCAGACUGAACCUGCAGACCAAAGAGGAGAGGUUAAAGGAAGUGUUUUCCCGCUAUGGGGACAUCCGGCGGCUUCGGCUGGUGAGGGACUUGGUCACCGGCUUUUCAAAGGGCUAUGCCUUCAUUGAAUACAAAGAGGAGCGUUCUCUGCUCAAAGCUUACCGGGACGCGGAUGGCCUGGUCAUCGACCAGCACGAGAUAUUUGUGGACUACGAACUGGAAAGGACUCUCAAAGGGUGGAUUCCUCGGCGACUUGGAGGAGGCCUGGGGGGGAAAAAGGAAUCUGGGCAACUGAGAUUUGGGGGGCGGGAUCGACCUUUCCGAAAACCCAUUAAUUUGCCCGUUGUGAAGAAUGACCAGUACAGAGAGGGAAAGAGGGAGAGGAGGGAGCGCUCCCGAUCCCGGGAAAGACACUGGGACUCCAGGAUGCGGGAUCGGGAUCGAGACCAUGACCGGGGCCGGGAGAAGAGAUGGCUGGAAAGAGAACCAAGCAGGGUGUGGCCUGAGGGUGACUGGGAGAGAGAGAGGGACUUCAGAGAUGACAGGGUCAAGGGGAAGGAGAAGAGAGACAGAAGUAAGUAGAGACUCCCCUCCCCCACCGGAACCCCAGCGGAGCCACGGCGUCAGUAACGGUGCAGGGGCGUCUGCAGGGCUGGCGGACGAAGUCCAAGUCCACUGGUCGAAUGAAACUUACUGAUGACAGUGGGGCUGGGAUACGUUUCCUUUCGACUCUGGAACCCAGGUUCAAGGCGAGCACGGACAUUUUGAAUUUCUGUUCUUCGUGUUAUAGUUUUAAGGACAUGUUAUUUGAUAGGCAUUUUGUAGUCACCGGCAUCUGUGCAGAAGGGCCUGUGGAAGGAGCCACCAGUUAAUUUGGCACUAGAGAAUUUGUUUUGAUUUUCUGCCAUCUGUUGGAAAUGACCAUUAUGAGGGCUUGGCAAAAAGAGGUGAUGACUGAAAAUCAUUUGUGUUGGUCCUGUGACUCCUGGAACCCGAAUCUGGUCUGAAUCUAAGUUGUGUCUUUUCCAUCUUUACAUCCAUGAUGCAGGGGUUUGCAGCAUUGAAAUAAAAAUGGGGUAGAAAAGUGAAUCCAGGGAGAAUGUCCAGAAGCUUCUCAGCAGUGAUCUGGGUCAGCCACGAGCUUCUCUUGAACAAAUAUAUAACUCCAUUCUCCAGCCAAAUGCUGACUGCUUUUUCUUCCCCUUUUCCUUUUUUUGGUGGAAUGGCUGACAUUUAAAAUAAAAAACCAGAGCUGCAGGGCUUUGGGGCUACUGUGGUUUGUGACAGUCUUCCAGCCCUUGGAAAAGGGAACGCUCAAAAGAAACGAGAGUGGAAUGAAGAUGAAAUCAGUGAAAGGUUCCUACCUAGUUCUGGUGGGUUGAUUUCCUUUUUUCCCUCUUGAUCACCUGGUGGCCUCUGGUUUGUCUGAGAGCUGGAUAUAUUGACCUUAGCUUCUGAGGGCUUUGAGUAAGUUCCAUACUGUUCACAUGAUCUUCAGAAAAGUGACAUUUAACAUUUUUAUUUUAUCCACGGCUGUCUCUUUGAAAGUUCAGGUUCUUAAAAUUCAUGAUGUCUCAUGCAAAAUAAAUGUCUGAUUUAGUGUCAA